CCUUCGGGUAGGUUCUACAAUGUUGUAGCCAAAGUUUUGAACGGUGGUUCUUCAGUUAGCUAAUAGGUAGUUCGAUGCCUGAAAUAGAGGAGUUUUGUCCAGGAAUGUCCAUACUUUUGACAAGCAUAUUUCGACUUUCAAAGUCAGAGGAUUUUAUAAUAAGGCCUGUUAGCAUAGCUAACAGUAUAUAUCUUGCUAGCUAGAUGUAUUCUAGUUUUUAGCAAUCUGUCACAGUUUUCUUACUUUGUCUUUGCUGUGGCGAGAAAUAGAACUAGCUAGCUAGUACAACACUACAUAAUGAUAUGGGCCAACGGGAUAUUGUAUCCUACGAGACGUCGGUGAGAAGAAAAAGCAGAAUUCGAACUGCCUCAACGAUGUGUCGUUUGGAUGUGGAGUCUGACGUGAAAGGACCUGAACAACAUGGAAAUGCCCUCCCUUCGUCAAGGUACAUGGUGGGCCGCGGGGUGAAGCGUAAGCUUAGUGAAUGCGAGGACCAGAUGCUGGACCUGCCCUACCCCCAGCAGAGGCAGCUGGUGCUGGACCUGUGUCUGGACAAGCUCCAGAGCUGCCAGCGCCGAGCUGAACCCAGCCUGCACCGCUCGGUGCUGCUGGCUAACACUCUGCGCCAGAUUCAACGGGAGAUGAGGCAGGAGGGAGGCCCGCACCAUCCGGAGUCCCCCCCUCCAGCACCCGCCACACCGUGCCACUCCCCGGAGCUGCCGCCCGUGCCCUCGGACCGUCCCUCCACCCCAGUGGCUGCACUCUCAUCCUCACUGCUGUGUGAAGACGACGACGCACAGUCGACCUGCACAGAGCUCCCCAAGGGGCCGUGGUCAGAGGACGUUGGCAAGUUGCCGGAUCUGCUGUUCGGAUCCUUUGAAAUCACAAACUCCACCAGCUACCUGACGGACCUGCAGCUGGACGACAUCUUUGAGGACAUUGACACAUCCAUGUACGACCCGUCAGACUUCUCUGUUCUGGCCUGCCCCCCUCCCAGAGGGAGCAGCGGAGCCUCAUUGGGGAAUGACUAUAACCUCAAGGCAUUCUCCACCUGCACCACCUCCAGCAGCACUCUGCAGAUGUGUCUCAAUGACCUCGACCACAUCAUGGAGAUCCUGGUGCGCUCUUGACUGAUUGGCGCCACGUCAUAGUCACAGCUGCCCAGCAUUUUAUGAGCUGGGGCGGGAAGAAUGACUGACUGAUUUUUUUAUUAUCUCUCUCUAUUUUCAUACAAAGAACUUGUUAUAUUUAUACAAAAAGACUGAUGGAUAUGUCUGAUACACUUCUACUGUAUGAUGAAUGCACAUUUUUGGUGGCCUGCUGGUGCCAUCUUCUCCUUUCCUAUAGCAAGAUGAAAUGAAUAUGCAGGGACUUAAAGCAACAAACACAAGUAUUACCAUUGAGAUGUAUUUAUACUGGCUGGUUAUUCACCAGUGCAUUCUUCGGGGGGAAAAAAGGACAACCUGUGGAACAAGAUGAUGAAAAGGACAUAUUGGGGUUGGAUUCCACCAAGUAUUUCUGGAGCGUUACAAUCAUUUAUCAAGAAUUAAUAUGAAAUAGACCGGGACUUAUUCAAUACUACCUCUCUCUAAAACUAAGAGCUCUGUCUCACUAUUCAAAGAGAUUCAUGAACUCGCCGCUUCACUAAUUUUGUCUUUCAAUUGGUCUUGUUCCUUUAACAUAGAAAACUGGUGAUUAUCAAUAAUGCAGAUGUUUAACGCCAGAAAGAAUGCCUUCCUGCCGAUAUGAAUCUCAAAACAUAGCCGAUAAUUCCAUGUUACACUGAUGCCUUGUCCAUCCAUUUUGGUCAUUUUAAUCAGAUGGUAGCGGACAACAAUGUCAUAAACACUAGAUUUUGAUGAAUAUUUGUUUUGCGGUUUAAUCACUUUUUGAGAAUCUUGAGGGGACAUUGAUUACUUGUAAUGGUCAGUGUGUUUUGUUACAGACUCUAGAAUAGAAAAUGAUUUCAUUUCAGCA